AUGGCUCAGACAAAAUCCACUCCUGUUGCUCCUCAUUUUUUCAAGAUUAUUCUUGAGGAAACUCUUAGGAACACCAAGUUACAAAUUCCCAAGACAUUUUGGAUGAAAUAUUGUGGCUUCUUACCGAGUCAAGUAUUUCUUAAGCUUCCAUGUGGAUCUAGAUGGGAAGUAGGGUUGACAGAAAGUGAUGGAAAAGUAUGGAUAGAAAAGGGUUGGAAAUUUUUUGCUGAAGACUGUUCUUUAAGCCAAGGAAAUCUAUUGGUUUUUCGAUAUGAAGGGAACUCUCAGUUCCAUGUUAUCAUAUUCGAUAAAACCACUGUGGAGAUAGAUUAUCCUUCUAAUCCCAACCAUUUUGAGAAGCGUGUUGAUACUGAAGAUGAUGUUUCUAUUGAAGUCUUGGACGGCUUUGCAUGGCGUCCUCAAAUCAGGGACAAGUCUCCAUUACCAUGUUCUAGGCCCCACAAGAAAAUGAAAACUAGUCCUUAUGGUAAAUAUAAAGUGAAGUUUGAUUUGUCUGAUAAAGAACGUGGAGAAUCUCCCCUACCAAGGUGGAUGGAACCUGAAUUUUUUUUUAAGAAGCAGAUGUUGAGUGCAGAAAAAAAGGCAGAAGCUCUCAAGAUAACUAAAGGUUUUAAAUCUAAAGACCCCUUUUUCAUGGUUUCCAUGCGACCAUCGUUUGUUGAAGCUAAUUAUACUGCGAUUAUACCAUCUCUCUUUGCAAAACACUACCUCCUCAGCAUUAGUAAGCAUCAAUAUGUGACACUUAAGGUUCAGGAUAGAAGGACCUGGUCUGUUAGAUACAGACUGUGUAAAAAAUCUCCGAAAACCAUAAAAACCAUAUUCGGGUGUGGCUGGAAGGCAUUUGCUCAAGACAAUGAUUUGAAAGUAGGUGAUGUUUGUGCCUUUGUUUUGAGAAAGAGCAUUGGGAAAAUGCUAUUUGAAGUUGUUAUAUAUCGUGGGAAUGGAGUAGCAAAUCCCCCUAUGUUACCAGAACUUAAAGCCAUGCCAAAAGGAAGCCGAUCAAGUAAAGUAGAAUCUUGCAACACCAUGAUCAAUAGAAGAACUAGCCUAAAACCAUUUCCCUGCUUUGGAAAAACUACAGCUCUUGAAAGAGCAAGCUGUUCUUAUUCUGAAAGGCCAUCCUUCACAGUUACUAUGCGUGAAACCUAUGCAUCUGGUCAUUGUAAUUUUUUCAUGCCAUGCAAGUUUGUGGAGAAGUACAUUAAUCAGAAAGAAUGUGAGGUAAGACUUUGGGUUUCGGAUGGUAGAUUUUGGUUUGUCCAAUUGAAAGUGAGGCAAGCAAAUGGAUUACCAAGAUCUGAAUUGUUAAGCCGUGGCUGGAAAGCAUUUGCGCUGGACAAUAGUCUGAAAACGGGUGAUCUUUGCACAUUUGAACUAACUAACAAUGGCAAUGAAAUUUCAUUCAGAGUUUCCAUUGUUAAGGGAGCUGGUGAUGCAUAUAGCAAUCAAGCUGCAAAUAAGAGAAAAGCAACUAUACCGUCCAACCGAAAGAGAAAGCCUUCUGUGAAAGUUGGAUCUUCUUUUACUCAGAACUAUGAUAAAACCAUCAUGAUUUCACAGAAACUAGUUAUAAAGAAAGAACAAGAGAAAAUUAAAGUUGAACCUUCAGGACUUGGCAGAGCUUCAGAAGCAGCCAGCCAAUUCUUCUCAAAAAAUCCUUACUUUCAAGUGGUUUUGCUAUCAAUUCACGUGGAUAGAUAUCAAUUGCCUUUUCCAUGGACUUUUGUAAGCCUUUAUUUAAAGGAAAAGACACAAGUUAUGACUCUUUGGGUUGGAGAGGAAUGUUGGCAAGUGAAGUUAUUGCAUUAUACAUCAAAAUGUAAAUUUUCUGCUGGAUGGAGUGCAUUUGCAAGAGAGAACUUUCUUCAGCCCAGAGAUAUCUGCAUCUUUGAGCUGAUUAAGAGGAGUCAACCUGAGAUGAAAGUUCACAUAUUUAGACAUAGUGGUUUGGCUCAAGAAGAGUAG